AUGUUCACCUUAAUCAAUGUCAUGCUCAUGUUAGGUGUUCCUGCUGUCAUUGGACAAGUGAAACCUUGUGAUUUUCCACAAAUAAAUCAUGGUCGUCUAUAUUAUGAAGACAGAUAUAAACCAUACUUCCCAGUAUCCAUAGGACAGCGUUAUAGCUAUUACUGUGACAACAACUUUAUGACUGCUUCAAAUUCAUACUGGGAUUACCUUUAUUGCACCAAAGAUGGAUGGAUACCACAAGUGCCAUGCCUCAGAAAAUGCACUUUAUAUUUUGUGGAAAAUGGGAAAUAUUCACCUUGGGAAAGAACAUAUUGGCAGAAUCAAUCUGUAAAUGUUGACUGUCAUCGAGGAUAUAGUCUUCCAAAUGGGCAGACCAACAUUACAUGUACAGAGGAUGGCUGGUCCCCUCCUCCUAAAUGCCUACGUGUCGAAACAUGUUCAAAAGCAGAUGUGGAAGUGGAGAAUGGCUUUUUUUCUGAAUCUGAUUGGACAUACACCUUAAACAGAAGAACAGAAUAUAGGUGUAAUCCAGGAUAUGUAACCACAGAUGGCAAAACAUCUGGAUCACUUACGUGUCUACAGAGUGGAUGGUCCCAUCAACCCACUUGCAUUAAAUCUUGUGAUAGGCCCCUGUUUGAGAAUUCCAGAACCCAAAACAAUGCUGUGUGGUAUAAGAUUGGUGACAUGUUGGAAUAUGAGUGCUGGGAUGGCUAUGAAAAUGAAAAUGGAGACACCAAAGGUGUUAUAGAAUGUGGUGACAAUGGUUGGAUUCAUUUACCCACAUGCUAUGAAAGAGAGUGCAACAUUCCACAAAUAGAAAACAAUUUAAUUGGUAAUCCCAGGAAUGAAAAAUUCAAAGUUGGAGAUGUGCUAAAAUUCUCCUGCAGAUCAGGAUUUACCAGAGUUGGACCAGAUUCUAUACAGUGUUAUGACUUUGGAUGGUCCCCUGAUGUCCCGACAUGUAAAGUCCAAGUGCAAUCAUGCAGUUCACCCCCAAGGCUCCCCAAUGGACAACUAAAAGGAACAAUGAAAGAAGAAUAUGAGCACAGUGAGGUGCUAGAAUAUGCCUGCAAUUCUGGAUUUCUUUUGAAGGGGCCUAAUAAAAUCGCAUGUGUUGACGGAAAGUGGACAACCUUACCAACAUGCAUUGAGGAAGAGAGCACGUGUGGAGCUGCCCCUGAAGUUGAGCAUGGCUACGUCCAGCCUUCUGACCCUCCCUACCGCCAUGGAGAUUCACUGGUGUUCACCUGUGUGGAGGCAUUUACGAUGGUUGGAAGGAGAUCGGUUACAUGCCUUAAUGGCACAUGGACUCAGCUUCCUCAGUGUGUUGGAACACGUCAACUUAAGAAGUGUAAAGUAUCAAACUCAAUUGCAAGUGAGACAACCUUAUCAAGUAAGAAGGAAUUUAAUCAUAACAUCACCGUAAGUUACAGAUGUAAACAAAAAUCAGAAUACAAACACUCAACCUGCAUAAAUGGAAGCUGGAAACCCAAACUGACCUGCAGGGAGCUAGAAGCAAAGUCACAGUCAUGCCCACCACCACCUCAGAUUCCCAACUCUCAAGAUAUGAACACCACAGUGAAUUAUCAGCAUGGAGAAAAAAUAUCUGUUCUCUGCCAAGAAAAUUAUGUAAUUCAGGGAGCGGAGGAGAUGGUGUGCCAGGAGGGAAGAUGGCAAUCAAUACCACGUUGUGUUGAAAAAAAUCCAUGUUUUCAACCACCUGAAAUAGAACACGGAAACAUUGCAUCAUCUAUGUCUCUAGGAAAAAGCAAAGACCUAGUUGUUCCCAGAGCGUACCCACAUGGCACCAAAUUAAAUUAUGUUUGUGAAGAUGGCUUCAGGAUAUCGAGAGAUGAUGGCAUAACAUGUCACAUGGGGAGAUGGAGCUCUCCACCUCAGUGUGUGGGACUUCCUUGUGGCUCUCCACCUGAGAUUUCUAAUGGUGCUGCCAUUAUUACAUCAGCCAGUUACCAGUACGGAAGAGAAAUCACAUACAUAUGUAAUGAAGGUUUUGGAAUUGUUGGACCCGAAUCCAUAACAUGUUUAGGAGGAAAAUGGUCACCACCCCCAGCUUGCAUAAUAACAGAUUGUCUAAAUUUACCCGUCUUUGAUGUUGCCAUACCCAGUGGAAGGAGAAAGCACACAUAUAAAUCAGGAGACCAAGUGACUUACACAUGCCCAGAAAAUUACAGGAUGACUGGAUCCAGUGUUGUGACAUGUGUUAACAGCAAGUGGAUAGGAACGCCAAUGUGCCAAGAGGUUUCAUGUGUGAAUCCACCCCAUGUAGAAAAUGCUAUUAUACUAUCCCCUAAGAUGGCAAGGUACCCAACUGGGCAUAAAGUACGUUAUGAAUGUAAUAGUCCUUUUGAAAUAUUUGGGGAAGUAGAAGUCAUGUGUCUAAAUGGAGCCUGGACAGAAGCACCUCGAUGCAAAGAAUCUACAGGAAAGUGUGGGCCUCCUCCCCCAAUUGAAAAUGGAGACACUACUUCAUUUGCAUCACAAGAGUAUCCUUCAGGUUCAUCGGUGGAGUAUCAAUGCCAGGACAUGUAUAAGCUUGAGGGGGAAAAGAAAAUAAUGUGCAGAAAUGGGAACUGGGGGAAACCACCUAGAUGCUUAGGUGCAUGUGUUAUCUCAGAGGAAACCAUGAGAAAAUAUAACAUAAUGGUGAGGUGGUUUAGAAACAGAAAGCUUUAUGCUGAACCAGGAGACUUCGUUGAAUUUCAGUGUUUAUAUGGAUAUCGUGAAACCACCCGUCCAGAAUCCUUUCGAGUAAAGUGCAUGGAUGGCCAAUUCGAAUACCCUCGUUGUGAAAAAAUUCCAAGAAGAUAUUAACAUAUCGGAUUUAUUCUACUUUACUCAGAAUUUCUUUUAAUCCAAUUCUCAGUUUUGAAAGUCUUUGUUUAUCCUACCUUACUCUUGAUUAGGAAUUUACAUUGAUCUUACAGAUUUAUAUCUUAUAACCUAGUGCUGCAGUUCCUUUUUUCCCCCAAGUUUUGUCUACGUAAGUAUAAGAGAGGCAGAGUGACAUAGGCAAAUGGCGACACACAGGGAGAGAAAGAGUGUCUAAUCUCUUGUUCAUUCCCUGAGGAUUUGCUAAAGCCAGGGCUGAGCCAGGUGGAAACUAGGAGGCAGUAAUGCAAUCCUGUCUCCCACAUGUGUGUCAGGAGCCCAAAUGCUUGGUCUGUCAGGUGCUGCCUCUGAUGUACAUUAGUUAGAAGCUGAGUUGAAAACACAGAGUUGGGGAUGCUAUGAUACGGGGUGUGGGCCUCCCGGUGCUGAGCAUCACACUUUCUGAAAGCACAGCUUUUUACACCGAGCUGAACCAGGAGCAGGAAUGUCGCCUAGUGGAGAAGGCCUCAUGGGAUGGAUACCUGCGUUCCAUGUUAGAGUCCCUGGGAUCCGUUCCUGAUUCCAUCUUCCUGCUAAUGCCCUCACGGAGGGGCAGCAGAAGAUGGUUCAGCUGGUUGGAUUCCUGUCACUUACGUAGGAAAACCUGGGUUGAUUUCUACGUCCACUCCCUGAGCUGUUGCCUUUGUGAAUGUCUGGGCACUGUACUGUGGAUGAGAGCUCCAUGUCUGU